AUGGCGACGGGCUGCACGCGCGUCGCCGCCUCCCGGGAGCGUCACAGCGGGUGGAAGCCGGAAUCUCGCGACGCCACCGCCGCGCCUGCGCAGACGGCGGCGGGUGGCCGCGGAGCAGCCACAAAAUGGCGGCCUCGGAGCCGGCGGUGGGGAGAACCGCGCGUGCCAAACCCCCCCGUUCCCUCCCGCUCUCCCGACCCCACCGCUCCGGAUCACUGUGCCCACCCUGGGACAGCCCCGACCACACCCCGAGCAAAGGUCUCGGCCCACUACUCCCGGGGUUCAGACAGUGAAACAAAAAGGCAGGGAGGGGCGCAUGACCCCUCUGUAAAAACGACCCUGCCCAGGACCGCCCUUCCACCUUCAGGUCCCCUCACACAAUACCCAAAGGGAGACGUGCCCCAGCGCCCACCUCGAAUAAACUGCGCUCAUUGGACGCCGUCCUCCGCACAGAGAGCAGCCCUGACCACUCGCGAUCUGAGCGGCCAUGAAGAAGCCUCGAUCCGAGAAGCCUUUCCCUCAAAGUGA